AUGGCUGCACCACCGGCUAGGGCAAGAGCGGAUUACGAUUACCUCAUCAAGCUUCUCCUCAUCGGUGACAGCGGUGUGGGUAAGAGUUGCCUUCUUUUGAGAUUCUCUGAUGGCUCCUUCACUACUAGUUUCAUAACCACCAUUGGGAUUGAUUUCAAGAUACGAACUGUUGAGCUUGAUGGAAAACGUAUCAAGCUCCAAAUUUGGGAUACAGCCGGUCAAGAACGUUUCCGAACAAUAACGACAGCUUACUAUCGUGGCGCAAUGGGUAUAUUGCUAGUCUAUGAUGUCACAGAUGAGUCCUCAUUUAACAACAUUAGGAAUUGGAUUAGAAACAUUGAACAACAUGCUUCUGACAAUGUCAACAAGAUAUUGGUAGGGAACAAAGCUGACAUGGACGAAAGCAAAAGGGCCGUGCCUACUUCCAAGGGUCAAGCACUUGCAGAUGAGUAUGGAAUUAAAUUCUUUGAAACUAGUGCUAAGACGAAUCUUAAUGUGGAAGAAGUUUUCUUUUCAAUAGCUAGGGAUAUAAAGCAAAGGCUUUCAGAAGCUGACACCAGAGCAGAACCAACAACGAUCAGAAUUAAUCAGCCCGAAGGUGGUGCUGGAGGUAGCCAACCUGCCCAGAGUCACUGCAGUCUGCCGUCCACUGAGUCAAAGUCAUCGAAGCUCGGGACCUUUGGCCGAAGGAUUUCAAUUGUCCAGAAGUGGUUGGACGUUCAUUGUGCAAAGGAAUUUGGAAGGGGAAGAAGAGGUUUUGGUGUAUUCUUAAAGGGUUUGGUGUAUGGCGAUGAACUAGUAUCCAUGUACUCCCACAAAUCCUAA